UAAACUAGAAAUGAGAUCACCCGAGUGUAAAAUUAAGAUAUAUCAACCAAAUUUGAAACUGCACACGAUGCAUACAAUUAUGAAGCUGGUAUUCAUAGAAGGCUUCUGUUUAUUAGUAGAACUUGUUUUACAUUACAUAUAACCUGAUAAUUCUUAUGUUGAUUUUGUUUAAGACACAACAUAAUGUAUGAUUCUUUACGUAUUUGUAAUUUUAGUGCAUACAGAUUUAAUAUUCAUAAUCUGUUCUACAUACUGUUCAGGUAACCUAAUUUAAAAUUAAUUUCUGCAUACAUAAUUUUUAGGAACAAAUUUCAUUAUACUAACACUUUUUAAACUCUUCUGUAAAUUACUUAACCUGCCUUUACAAUUUUAAGUAAGGCUGGAUAUCCUCUACAGGUGGUGUUCAGUGGCAACGAGUUGAUGUCCAGGACAGGAGCUCCAGGAAUGGCACCUAUCAUCAAGGACACCAACACCUACAAGUGUCCCCACUGUCCACACUCUACUCGUAAACUUACGGCAAUGAAACAUCACAUCAGAUCACACACUGGCGAGAAACCUUAUGGCUGUCCAUACUGUCCAUUUAGAUCUGCUCAGAAAACCAAUCUCAAGACACAUAUUCGAUUGCACACUGGUGAAAAACCUUUUGCGUGUGAUCAGUGUACUUUUCGAGCUGUUCAAAAAAUUCAUGUGAUAAAUCAUUUGAAAAAGCAUCAUAUGGUAUCUAGUGACAUAAAUUUGAAGAGUAAAGUUCUGAAAUCCACCCAUAAUGUAAAGAGCUAAUUUUUCAAGUAAUUUACACAGCUACAAAAAUAGCAAAAAUAAGUGAUAGGGUGCUUCAAAAAUGUUUGUGAAAUACACUUGUAAUGUCUAAUUUCACUCUCGAUUGCUUUUGCCAUAUGAAUUGUAAGGAACUAAUAUCUUUUGGAAUCAAAGCACUUCGUAUUUUGGGUUGGAAUAGAGUAGAUUAUUACCAAAGACAUUGAAUAUAGAUAAUAUUUGUUGAUACUGAUAAGUAGACAUCUUAUCACCAGCUUAAAUACAUUGUAUGGUUAUAAGAUACAGCAUAGGUAUAUUAGCAUAUUUAAGUUCUUCCUGUGGAUGAUAUACGCAACACUUUUAGACUGUAUAAAGAUUAUAUGUGGAGGAAAUGGCAGGUUCAGAUUUAAUAUCCACAAUCAGAAUCUGAUCACUUGCUUAAAUAUAACACGAUAAUUCUUCAGGCGUAGAAUAUAGUGUACGUACAGUAUAUUCUAUACUUAAAGAUAUUUUAUAUAUCGCCAUGAAAACGGUAGUCAUAAUUGUUAAUUGUAACCAACCUAUAGUUGUUUGUUUAACCAACUGUAAACCAGAAAAUAAAUUUCAGUGUGCA